CGGGGGCGGCUAAAUUCAAAACUCCAGACGUUUUUUUCGACGCUCGUUGACGUUAGCCUCAGCUCGCAGCAAUCUAGCGAGGCGGCCCUGCUAAAAUACACGGCAUGGAAAGAAUAUGUUUUAAAAAAUAGUAAAUAAGACAUAAAUUAAGUACGAACUCUGCCGUUCUAGUACAGGAGGAGUGAACUCGUCACAGCAACAAGUUAAAGAUGGAGCCCCAGGAGCUUGCCAAAAAUGAUGAAACCAGUGGAUUCUCCAGGCGGCGCAUUUCCAUUUUAAAAGCACCGCGCAAGUCAAUCGCAUUCCCUGAUCCUGAGCAACAAACAAAUUUGGAGGAAUGUGCCAAACCUGUGGAAAAAAGGCCAUCAAGAAGAGUCAGUUUUGCUCCUGCCAAUGAUGUCCUUCUGUUUUCAAAGGACGUGAAAAAUGCCUCUCCCACCCGAAGCCCCCUGCAAGAAUUAAUGACAGCAACAGGGGCAACCACACAAAACGGGUUCCCAGGAGCAAAAGAUGAGAGUCAACAAGCAAUGGAAACCCUCUUGAAUGCUCCACUACAUGGUUUACAGCAACAGGAUAAGGUCCGCUUUGAUACAGUGGAAGGUUUUGGGGAGAAAACAGUGGUGUUUUCCUCAGACGAUGCGUUCAUGGACAUGACCCACAGUCAAACUAUAAACUUUGCCAGUUACGGAGAGUUCCUUGCAGAUGAUGCUUUACCCUCUGGUGGAGAAAAGAUGGUGAUGUUCGCUGCAGAUGAUGCAUCGAUGGACAUGACCCUUAGUCAUACUGUCAACCUUAAGAAUGGUACGGUUUCACUACCCAGACACAUGGAUUUAAAUGUUCAGAAGAGAAAUGUACCCUCAACACUACCCAGUUUGGAUCCAGGAUUCGAGGAUUUCCUUGCAAGUCUCUCUAAAUCUGGUGGCCCCUCCUCAUCAGCCACUGUUGAGUCAAACUGUUCCCUCGCCCAUAUCAAAGAAAAAAAGGCUGAUGUGGACAAAGAGAAUCGGCUUCCAGCUUCAGUCCCAUCUGUGAUGGAGAAGUCACUGAAUGCAUCCAGAAAAACUGGGCAGGCGUCUUAUGAAAGUGUGCUGUGUCCGGACGACAACGUGAGCAUGAACUUGACUGAAGUUCAAACGGGCCGCAUCCUGGGAUUCACUGGCACUGAUGAUCCAUUCCAGUGUCUUUUUCCCACAGAAGACAUGUAUGUCCACACUGACAGAAGAGUUUCACAAAUGACAGCGAUGACAAAGACCAGCUCUGACCCCAAAGCAGUUGCAACUACUGACACAAGGGUCCAAAAGAUUCUGAUUGAAGACAGCAAAGGAAAAAUGUCAGAUGCGGCGUCCCUGAAGAAUCAUUCUCUAAAUGCUUCUCAUCAAAGGCACAAGGCCAACUUUUUUGCCAGAGAAGAGAAAACAAUCAUGUUCAGUGCAGAUGAUGAGUUCAUGGACAUGACUCAAAGUCACACUAUCAACAUUUCCCGUGGUUCUCAGAAAGCAUCAGCUGAUGGUCUGGAUUCAGGAUUUAAGAACGCCCUGUCAGGUCUCUCUAAACCAACUGGCCUUAGUAUGAAUCCUAUGAUUAAAAGAGCAGUGCCAUCUACUGCACCAUCAUUUAAAGAAACUAGCAACGCAAACAACCGAUUCUCCCACCAUAAAACACCAAGGGCUGAUGUCGGUAAAGCCAAUCGAUUGGUGGAUACAAGCGGGAGCUGCUCAUCUGCUCGCAGUGCAGUCAGUCCUGAAAAGGACAUGGGCAUGGAUAUAACUGAAUCUCAGACAGGCCGCAUUAUAGAGAUGGCGGAUUCAGACGAUCCUUUUAAUUUCCUUUUUCCCACACAAGACAUGUAUUCACAGAGUGAAAGUCUGAAGAAAGCUGAGCUGACUUCAGGGCAAAAGAACAGUGAGACACGGAGAUCAUCUCGUAAUAAUAAUACAGGCGUGGAGACCUCAUUGAAGCACUCUUUAAAGACAAAGCAGCAGAGACUUCAGUUUGAUGCUGAUAAUGUCUACAACCACAAAGCAGCAGACGAUACCUGCAUGGAUGUGACCCGGAGUCACACUGUCCACAUUGGCAGUGAUUUAAACAUGCCAUCAAACCAGAACUUUUUACCUUGCAAAGACAAAACAGUGAUGUUCAAUGUCCACGACGCGGGUAUGGAUAUGACCCAGUGUCUGACUGUAAACAUUGCCAACAGUUUAGGCUUGGAUCCAGUUCUUCCUCCUGCAAAAGAUAGAACCAUUAGAUUCGAUGUCCAUGAUGCUGGUAUGGAUAUGACAAACUGCCUCACUGUAAAUAUUGCCAACAGUUUAGGCUCGGAUCCGGUCCUUUCUCCUCCAAAAGAUAAAACGAUGAGGUUUGAUGUCCACGAUGCAGGAAUGGAUAUGACCCAGUGCCUGACUGUUAAUAUUGCCAACAACUUGGGCUCGGAUUCACUUAAUCCCUCCUUGAAGAAACAGGAAUUAGAUCCAGCUCUUCUUACUACAAGAGAUAAAACAAUGAGGUUUGAUGUCCAUGAUGCAGGUAUGGAUAUGACAAAGUGCCUCACAGUUAAUAUUGCCAACAAUUUAGGCUCAGAUUCCGUUCUUUCUCCAUUGAAUAAACAGGAAGUAGAUCAAGUUCUUCCUCCUACAAAAGAUAAAACGGUGAGGUUUGAUGUCCAUGAUGCGGGUAUGGACAUGACAAAGUGCCUCACUGUAAAUAUUGCUAAUAGUUUAGGCUCGGAUCCAGUUCUUGCUCCUCAAAAAGAUAAAACGAUGAGGUUUGAUGUCCACGAUGCAGGAAUGGAUAUGACCCAGUGUCUGACUGUAAAUAUUGCCAACAAUUUAGGCUCAGAUACACUUAAUCCUCCCUUGAAGAAACGGGAAGUAGAUCCAGUUCUUCCUCCUCCAAAAGACAAAACAAUAAAGUUCGAUGUCCAUGAUGCAGGUAUGGAUAUGACAAAGUGCCUGACUGUUAAUAUUGCCAACAAUUUAAGCUCAGAUCCAGAUCUUUCUCCAAUGAAGAAACAGGAAGUUGAAAAAAGUGAUCCGUCUAAAGGCAGAUCUUCAUCAGCACAUGUUUGCGAUCCAGAAUUCAAUAGUGUCCUCACAGAAGUCAAGAGCGUUGACCCUGUGAGUACAAAAUGGACAUCCACAGCUGCACCGUCCUUUCACAUUGGAGACUCCAGUACAAUCUGUCCUGAUGAUGAUGAUGAUGAUGAUGUAAACAUGGAUAUGACUGAGUUUCAGACAGACCAAAUUGUGGGAAUCGCAUAUACAGAUGUUCCUUCCCAGUGUCUUCUUCCCACACAAGACGUGUAUCCCCUAAGUGGCGGUUUGAAGAAAGGAGAGAUGACCUCACAGCUGCAGAUCAGUGAAGAACCUCGAUCAUGUGCAAAGGUCAAGAUCGAUGCUGAAGACAACUACACCGAGCAAACUGCGUGGUCAUCCAGAGAUGAUGCAGCUACAAAGGGGACCCAAGGUCCCACUGUAAAUAUUUCCCACAAAUUGGAUUUAGUUCUUCCAAACCAAGGACUAAAUUUUACAUUCAGCCAUAGAAACAUGGAUUUAAGUUUGUCUGAAAAGACAACACAAAGAAGCAAAUCUAUGUCUGCACGUGACCUGGAUUCAGGAUUUAAAAAUUCCCUGUCUAGGACAAGUGGAUUCUGGGCUAAUCCACUCAAACUAGUUACUGCUGCUCUGCCGCGCCCUCUUGAAGUUGUUGGUACGCAAAUGCAGAAGCUUGAUGAGGAUGCUUUAAAUGUAGCUCAAGGUUUUGUUCCAACUGAUGUGGAAAAGUCACCAAAUAAAACCACGACAGACUGUCCAGAAGUUGAUGUCAGCAUGGACAUGACUGAAGGUCAUACAGGUCAUGUUUUUGGACACACCCAUGCAGAUGACGUCUCGCUUUCUUUAACACAAGGUCCCGACCCCAGUUGUGACCUCGAGAAGCAAACAAAUGCAACUUCACAACAAAGCAGUGAAGCAGUAGAGUCGUGCAACUUCCCCGAAUCCAUUGACUCAAAUGAAAUGACCAAGAAAGAACCUAAAGCAAGAAAUGAACCAACUUCCCCCUCGUCGCAGAAGAUGAAAGGUUUACCCCCUGCCGCCAUUGACCAAGUUGCCGAUGCAUUAUAUUCACGCAGGUCCAGAAGAAUGAGUUUAGCAGAUCUCCAGUCAAAAGCAAGGCGUCUGAGCCACAUUAUAAACACAGCUCCUGAUACUUUGACAGCAGAAAGCUGCAUAACACCAUUACCCCAGUUGGACCAUGAUUUGGACAAAACCUCAGAUAACAAAUCCAAGAUUGCAGUUGAACCUGUAGUGGAAAUGGCUUUGGAAAACCCUCAAGAUAUUACACAAGGACAGGGUCUCAACCAAGCAGGAGAAGUGUCGGCUGCCACCACUCCUUUCAACUUGAAAACUAAACUCAUGUCGAGAAUCUCAAUGGGAGGCUUUAAGCCGAAACUCCCCCAAAGAAGCAGCGCCAACAAUCCCAAGAAGGUGAAUUCUUCUGUGGAGCCCACAAGAACGAUGACGGUUAACGUCACAGGUCAACUGAGAAACUUGGACAAUGACGUGAGAGAUAUUUUUGAUGAAGAGCUUGGAAUCUGUGAGGACAUGUCAGAAAUUCUGGACGUGAGGAUUCCCCAGAAAACUGCUGAUAAAGAGAGGGAUUUUAACAUCGACGAGCUCAUAGAGGAAGACAUAUUUAAAGAGGACAUUAUUGGUGCUGUCCAAGGAGUAAAGAGACCGAUGCACAUAGAUGAAAACAAUGUGGAAGGUCAGAAGAGAAGGAAAGCAUCCACUCAGAGCAGCCAUGAUGCCACUGACGUGGAACUACAAUCUCAUAUUGUGGAGGGUGACGGUAACACAACUGCAGCUCCAAACACAACCACACACACCACCGAUUACUCCAGCAGUAGUCACACAGCCUCUAUCAGGUGUGAGGCUACAUUUGAGUCAACUUUUAAACAAAGUCUUUUUGAAUCUCAGCUUGAAGACUAUACAUGUGAUGCACAAAAGAAAUUGGACAAUGGCUCCAUAACAGUGUUGGAGUUCUUCAAACUCUUCAACAUAGACUUUGUAAUUCAUAAUCCUCGACAGAGCAUCCUCCCCGGAAAACUUUUGUCGGAUACUGAACACACACCGAUCGACGUACUGAAAGACCGACACAUCAGCCGUCCUAAACAGAUGGCGUACGAGAUAGAUGUCCUAAACCUUACAGAGAAAGUGGAAGGGCUGAAAGUGCGAAUGCGGGACCUUGACAAACCUCUUAAGAUGGUUAACAAAGCUUUGUGGGAAGAGAUGAGAAAUUCUUCAGAGAAAGAGCUCAAAUCCUUUGGCGCGACCUUGAAAGUGAGAAACAACUUCUUCAGGAAGAUGAGCAAAGCUCAGUCUCACGAGAUGAAGGAGGUCCUCUACUCCAAUCUUGUGCAGACUAAUCUGGAGGAGCAACAGAAGUUGAGAGAAACGAUCGCCCAAGCAGAUGAAAUGAUAAAGAGUCUUGAUGACUGUAUUUGUGAAUUGGAAUCAGAACUCGUCACAGUUGAAGACAAAGGUUUAUUAGACAAACCGAGUCUGAAGUCACAGCAGGAAGAAAUGAAGAAAGUCACUCAAGCUUUGGCCGAUAAUGAAAGAGAAAUGACUGAACUGGAGCUGCAGAGGCAGCAGAAUUCCAGCAAACUCAAGAGGAUGAGAGCUGAGACAAGUAACCUGGAGAACCACGUCUCCGUGCUGCAUCUGAUAAAUGAAUGGAAGUUUGGAGAGAAGAAGGACAACUGCACUGUCUACACUUUCCUCCACGACACGAUGCAGCUACAGCUGGCAUAUGAAAAAUCCACAGAAGGAGCCCAUGAUGAUGAUGAUGAUCAUUCUGAGGGGAAAAUAACUGAGAUCAACUUCAAACUACAACUCGAUGAUGAGAAAUCGCAGUGUCACGCUCGCCUCGUUCACACACUGGUCUCCCAGUACAUCCAGAGUGAACCGUGCUGGGUGGAGAAAUAUCCAUCGAGACGACACGUGCCCGAGCUGCUCCACGACGUCAGCCUGGUGGUGAGUCGCUGUCGUCUGCUCGGAGAAGAGCUGCGGCUGCUGAAAAUGUGGGGAGGUCUGAAGCUCGGUAUUCUGGACAUCAGCUGUUCGGACACGCAGGUGCUCAUUGUCUUCAGCAGUCUCAAGACGUGUACCAAGUUCGAGGUGAUCUUCUCCAUCAGUCUGAUCAAUGAACACUGUGUCAUUCAAGUGGAGAGCUGUAAAAGCAUGAUCGGAAACACAGAGAUCCAGCAGAUUAAAGAGAUCGUGGCAUCGUUUUCUCCAGCCAUGAACGUCUUGACGAAGAUUGUGAAAAAGAUUCACGAGCAUCUUCUCCGCUGAGACCACAAAAAAGUGCCCUUUUACUUUUUUACAAAUCCAAAAAAAAAGAAAAGAUAAAUGUAACAUUCACGUGUCUGUCUUCCAUCGGUGUACAACGGCAUAAUACAACCACACCUUUUUUGUUUUUAAAAGUUUGUAAAUAAAGCUACUCUGGUGUUAGAACA